AUGUAUCAAAGGACGAAUUUCAGUCGCCUUCUAAAUAAUGGGGUGAGAAAUGAUUCACACGACCUAAAGGUGAGUGAACUUCUCUUUUACGAUGUUUGCAAUCAUGUUGCAGGGUUACUUAGCCAGCCUUGGUGGAAACGCUGGAAAUUCCUCUACACUUGCGAAGAAAAAGAAAUACAUUAGUUUGGAAGGGCUGAGUGAGAUUUCUAUCACGGAGUCCUCUGCUUCAGAAGAUGGAAAGGGACUCAAAGGCGUUGGUGGAAUCGGCGCAUCAUUUCUUAAAUCCAACGCAAGGUUGCGCAUCCUAUUAUACCUCUUAAAUGAUAUUUCAACCAAAAGUUUCUCCUUUGCAAAGACAAAAUAUAGAACCAAUAAACUCUAGUUAUACGGUGCGUUUUAAUGAAAACGAGGCCGUGUGUACCGUCAGUACCUAAUUACUUCAAGUUGGCCGACCUAGUGUGAAACAGUCCUAAGACAAAAAAUUAGUUUCAAAUUCGCCUUAUUUUCUCUCUCAUUUGCUGUUCCGCUGCUGUUUUCGCCCUGACUGAGCUUCAAAAUCAGCAAUAAUACUUUGCUUUUUGAGAGAAAACUGUUUACAAUCUCAAGUGCUUAAGCGAUUUGAUUAACCUUCAUUUAAUCAAACGCCCCACAUUAUUUGUCAUUUAACGGACAAACCAAAUGAAGCCAUUUCUAUCGAACUCUUUACGACUUUCACUCGAGAUUAUGGCUUCAUCCCCGUGCAGUUUGCAUUCUAUAAGAUAUAAAGGCCCGUAAAUAUAUUUUCUUAUAUGUCGCACUUGUCAUUUCGACGCCUUUACCUUGAUACCUUGAUGCCUUGAUUUUGUCUUCUCAGCAGAACAGUUAGAGGACGCAAUACAACUGUUAGAACUGCCUCCUGAGUUGGUGGUGAAACUUCUGAUUUUUCUCUGAUUUUUUCUCUGAUUCGCUGCUCUUUCUUAAUGUGCAUGUUCAAAUGAACGUUUUUAAUUGGGUGUCGUAAUGAGUACAUUAGCGUUCAUCUCAAAAUCGUAGGUUUUGGAUACGUUUUAGAUUCUAGCUAUGUUGUUCUUAGGAUUCAGAAGCAUCGGAAAUGUUUUAUUAUUUUUCAAAAAAUGAUGGUGCUAUAAAAAGGCAUUCUUCUCAAGGACAUCUUUUUGGAGCAACGCCUUAAUAACGACAACUUGGUUUAUUCUUACUGUUUGAUACGUAGGUCUUUUGCGUCGGGAAUUCUAUGUUUACCUAAAUUUAAGCUACUUAUUUGAUGUUGUCAGUUUGUCUGCUAGCGUCUUGACUUCAAUAGACUUUUUAUUACGAAAACGAAGGAAGGCCAUAGAGGACGGUGGAAAUAAGGCCAAACUUCCACCAUCCGACAAGGACUCAUACUCAAUCUCCUCCUCCUACAACUCACUAGAUGAAGGUUUGUAGCAAUCUUUUAAACUUGUUUUGCAUCUCCCUUAUCUACAAUUUCCGCAUAUAUAAAUUCAGCAGAUUUUCUUCGGUGGACAAAUCAGGAAAGUUUGUUCUUUUUGUUGUUUAUCACUCAUUGUAAGUUACACAGUGCCAGUCUAUUGCCCAUCGCGUCUUUCUUCAAACUGACCGGGUUCGAUCCAAAUUGGUGAGAUGCAUAGUCGGACGUACGUUUUACUAGUGGCAAACUCAACAGAAUAUACUUUUAUGGCGGUGCACUGGUUGAAACUUAGGCCCCGGCCCGGACUGAUUAUCUGCCAAAGGAGUUUUAAUCGAGAACAUACUAGCCACUCGGCUGGUAGCAUACAGCCAUGUACGGGUCUAGCGGCUAGAGCUGAUAUGCCUGCCAUCUGCAUUCGUUUCAUGGGACAGCAUCAAUUCUCCCUGGCACAGAGUUUGCCUGUUUCCGGUGCAAACGAUGGGAAGUGAAGGCUCACAAAAUUAAUUCGGCGUCGCAAAAAAAUAAAGUGAAUCAUUCCACCCGCACCCUUGCCUUGGAUUCUUCUUCCACAAGGAGCUAGUUUAUAAAGUCUAGACGAGACAUAAGAAGCUUCUUGAUUGGGAAACCACAACCAAUCUAAGUGCAGUGUGAGAGACUGAUAAGUCACUUUUUGAUUGCACACCUGUUCGCGUGGCGGUUUUUCUUGGGACUGCAGCAUUUAACUAGAACAAUCUUCCCGCCGCGUUUAUCAUUGAGUGUUUAAGCUAGAGCAGUAACCCUUUGUAGCCGAAUACUGUCCUUCAGCCUUGUAUACCCUCGAGCAGUAUCUGCGACCAAACAUAAAUUGGGUGAUGAUAGCCGAUUGAAAAAGCGCUGAGCAGGUCAGAAACUCCUGAUUGUCCUCCUGGCCCUGUUAUUACCUCAGUCGGUUUACUGUAUCAGAUUUGGUGGAUUCCAGACGUUGUAGUAGGCUGGGCGAGUAACCUUCCCCAAUUGGGACUAAACUUACGUCUCCCGGUGGGGCCUCGUAGCUCAGGUAGUUGGAGCGUUGGUUGUACUAAAGCCUUCCUUUUGCUGUCGUGGGUUCGAAUCCCACCAAGGCGCCGAGUUUUUCACAGUUGGGGCAAUGUGAGCUUUUGGUUUAUUUAUGAUCUCUCCACCUGUUGCUGUGGUAGGCCGUAAAAAGAUGGUUAUUUUUUCGACUGCGACACUCAACUAGAACAGAUUUCCUUCUGCGAACAUCGUUAAAUGUGAAUUGAUAACGGCAGCAAGAACAAAAGCAGUAACUUUUUGCAUUCGACUACUGUCCUCCAGCCCUGUAUAGUCUCGGGUAGUAUUUGCGACCGAACACAAGGCGGCUUAUGACGGUCGAUUGAAUGAGCAAUGAGAAGUCCCACAGCAUUUGUGGUCUUAAUUUUUUCCGUGCUUUCUUCCACCUGGCUAUUAUGUGUUUUGUUUCUUUAUGAUCUCUGCUAAGGCAAGGGAACUACCUUUCUUUGGGGUGUCCGUUCCACAUGUCCAUUUUGUUUGUCUCUUUGGAAAAAAUACAGAAUUGUUAAAACCUUGUUUGUUGGCACAUUUGGGGCAUUUAAAAUGUCCAUCUAUCGUUUUUGCACUUGCAUACUUCCAGACCCUCGCAGGAAAAACAAUAUAUAUUAACUUUCAAUGUUUUAAAAUGCCUGUUCGGCCUGCAUCAGGGAUGCAGUACCGUCCACUAAAGUGCCAAGGUUUUAAAGAAUGCUGAUUGUUUGCAUUAAGGUUCCGAUGGCAAUCACGAAUUCGGCAUUGGCGUCACAGUUUGUAAUAUCACGCCUUCUCACCCUCUUGGCCUCUCAAUGUUGACCUCUACCGAGCUACCCGAUUAAGACAAGGCAGAUUGCUCAGUGUUGAAUAAAGUAUCGAGAAAUCGAUUGCUGGAACAGAAGUUACACUCUUCUGUAGUCGAACUUUGGUAUCCGAUGUUUUAACUUGAUGCAUCAUUAGCCGGGUUGAGUCUGCAUAGGCAUAGAGCAUCAUCCAGAGAACCGCCGUUGCACCGGUUCAUAGAACUUUCCCCUGAGAACAGUGUAUUUCACCCAGUGUUUCGGUGCCUCUCUUCUCUACCUAGGGUCCGAGUUGGAAUCUAAUCUGAAGACGACGCCACCUUAUCGGUCUGCGCGCAGCAGCCGCCUACAGGAGGGCAAAGGGACUCCAACAAAAACACCAACCCUGACGCUGCCCCCCUCCUCACAGAGGUCCUACUUGGACCAAGACGUACGUUGACCCACAAUGCCAUAAAAUCCGACUUCAGUUGUGUUUUUGGUUUGCUGACCUUGCAUAGUUUUCGGAAAGGGUUAGCUCGCAGUUGGUAGCCAGGAACGGGGAGGCGGACGGCGGGGUCUCUGUCUUACAGGAAUGGUGGGAAAGAGUGUUAUAUGGGUGGGGUAAGUGGAAGUGCUGCUGAACAAAUGCUGGAGUUUCGAGGAAAAAAUAAAGCAAACGAAAAAAAUGUUGGGAAAUUUUAGUAAGGUAGAGUAAUGGUAGAAAUUGAAAAAAAUCCCGCGGAAUACAGCACAGCCUGCGGAAAAAGAAAGAGGUAAAUAGUGAUAGGAUAACCCUAAACUUCACCUUAAUCCUAGCUUUAACGCUAACCUUAACCUUAACCCUAAACUUUAUCUUAACCCUAACCCAAACCGUUAACCGUUAAUCGUCAACCGGUAACCCUAACCCUGAAGCCGAUCCCCAACCAUAAAGUCUAACCAUAAUCGUAAACCUAAACCCUAGCCCUAACACUGAAACCGGACCCUUUACGCAAAUCCUAAUCAUGAAACAUAACCUACGCCUAACCGUAACCCUCACUAAACCCAACAGCCUGACCGGAAUGGCCGACCUACCUCACGCAGUAGAAGCACACCUACUGAUAACCAGUUCCCUAGACAAGUUAAACACCCCCACUGAUAACAAGUAAGUACGUCGACAGUAUCAACGUACAGGGCCUGGCUACCAACUGCGAUCUUACCUCGGAAAGUACUGGGCCCAGCUUUUGUCAAAACAGUAGAUUCUUAUGCCAAUAGAUGCAUUGGAGAAUAAUCCCCCAUGGCAAUAAUGGAUGACCAAUUUGGACUUUGAAAAAAGCGCUUCCUUAAAGACUAGGCAUGUUCAGCAGUCGUCAUUGCACUUUGGAAAGUAUAGAAUACACAUAAAACGGAAGAUGGUCUUCAGCGCGACCAGCGAAAACAAGAUGUGUCAUAGUACGAAUCAUCCCUACUCUUGAUGUCUUGUCAGCCGAAGUCAAAGGGGCUCAACUCUGAACUUGACGGCCUGUCGAUGGAGACAUAGGGCUUCUGUGGAUUCCUACUUCUCGGGUAACGUAACAGACACCGCCAAAGUUUGCUUGGUUUCAGUUUUCUGUCACGACGUGGUCUUCUAAAGCAUGAUGGCAAAAGUCGAUCAUUCCCUGUGGGUGGACCCGAUCUGGCCGAUACAGUGAAUAGCAUUGAAUUAUUGCCGAUGGAGAGUAGGCGGAGUGGCUAUUUCGCCUUUCCUGAUCGGCCCUACCCCGGACUAGGAGAACCUCGAUUCAGAGAAGUGCAAUCCGCUUCGCCUUGAAACCCCUCUCCAGAACCUUUUCGGGCGACAGCAGAAAAGACACUGAGGGAGACAGUGAAGAAUAGAAGGAUCAUUUCUAGUUCUUGCGCAUCCGCCUUUUGCCUACAGUAGGUGUGCUAACUCCUGAAAUGUUAGCCGAAAUUCAGAAAUGCGUUUUCGUUCCGAAAAGAUUACUAAAGUAAGGUUAAAGAAUUAAUCAUCGUGCAACAUAACUCUAAAAUAAUUCAUUUACCCUGGGAUGCCGGCUUUUGAACGAACUUUCUGGCCGCUUGCAAAAGCCACACUCUGUAAAAAAAUGACUGCUUAAUUAGCAUGGAUUUUUCUCAUUGAUUGUCGGUGCCCUUUAAAAUUCAAUUAUCUUCCAUGGAAAACAUGCAUAACGGUAUUCGUUCUUUUAUUCAUUUGGUAACGAAUUACGUCUUCUUCCAGUUUUAUACUCGAAGAAAGGGUAUAAUUCCGUUUUAAAAAACUUUUCCCACUCCCGUAUAAUUUUGAGCACGACCUGCCGUUACACUUGCAUUCAGAGUUUCCAAACCACAAUCCAUAUACUUUCAGCGUACGGAAAACCGUUCAUUCCUGUACGAUAUUAAGAGGAAACUUAAUGGGGAUCAUAAAAUUUGGAAAUGGAUUUGAGCCAUAUUGUAAACUUUAUAGGCCACAUUAACUAAUGCAGGACACGAUGUUUUAUGAACGGACAUUUCACGGUAUUAGAAAUCUCACAAUUAGAAACUUUUUGAAAACCGAAUUAUACCCUUUCUUCGAGUAUAAAAUUGAAAGAAGACGUACUUUUUUACUAAAUGAGUAGAAGAAUACAUAUUUUUAUGCAUUCUUUCCAUGAAAUAUAUUUAAAUUUUUAGAGGCACCGAAAAUUAAUGAGAAUAAUUCAUGAUACUUAAGUAGCCAUUUUUUACAGAAUGUAGUGUUUGCAUGCAGCCGGAAAGAAUUUCGUUUGAAAGCCCGCAUCUUGGGGUAACUGAAUUAUUAUAGACUUAUGCUGCAGGAUGGUUAAUUUUACAACCCUACUUAGGUAAUCUUUUGCGAAACGAAAACGCAUUUCAGAAUUCCGGCUAACAUUUCAUGAGUUAGCACACCUACUGUAAGUUCCUGUAUUCUCACGGACAAGAAGGUGUUUUAUGAAAUGCGGACCUACGUCAAAGCCUGGGGACUAGUGUCUGUCUAUUCGGUGCCCUGUGUUGAGGCCUGGGAGCGCGGACAAGUUACAGGGGUUAUUAGCAUUAUGGUAGUACCGACAAAGACAAGGGAGACUGGAAUGGCCAUUUCUGGCUUACUAGCCGUCCUCAGCUAGUUAUACCCAACCCCGAAAUGUGGAACACCCGAGGCUUGAACUCACGACCUGCCGGUUAGAAGUCCACGCCUCUAACCACCGGGCCACGAGCCCGUUGGUCUGUCGGUUUCGAUCGGGAAUAUACAGUAGUAGGGGAUGGGGGGGGCGCUCACCGAUCGUUUCUACGGGACUCACUCUACCAUUGUGCGUUCCCGAUCGCAAACGAACGGGCUCGUGGGGGGUUUCGAGCCCCAGGUGUACCACACUUCAGGGUUGGUUAUGACUGGCUGACGACGGCUGAUAGGCCAUAAAUGGCCAUUCCAGUCUCCCUUGACUUUGUCGGUAAUAACAUGCUGCCUAUUCCAUGAGCCGCUGUGCGGCUGCUGGUUGGGCUCGAGAGAGUGCCCGUAAGGCACAACGGAACGAGUGAGUUCCGUAAGAACGAUCGGUGAGCGCCCCCUACCAUUGUACAUUCCCGAUCGAAAACCGACAGGGCAACGGGCUCGUGGCCCAGUGGUUAGAAGUGUGGACUUCUAACAAACAGGUCGCGAAUUCGAGCCUCGGGUGUUCCACGUUUCGGGGUUGAGUAUAACUAGCUGAGGACGGCUAGUAAGCCAGAAAUGGCCCUUCCAGUCUCCCUUGUCAUUGUCGGUAAUACCACUCUGCUUAUUUCCUGCGCCGCUGUGCAGCUGCUGGUUGGGCUCGAGAGAGAGCCCGUAAGGCACAGCGGAACGAGUGAGUGCCGUAAGAGCGAUCGGUGAGCGCCCCCUACCGUGAUUAUUAGCAUGUUUGGUUGAGGCUCGCCUACACUCCACUUACGAGUGUUACCUCGAAGGCGCCUAGGCGCCUAGAAAUCAGCCACCUCAGCAUUAAUGAGCAGUUAGGUAUUUUCGCACAGAAAGCUCUGAUAUAAACACUUCUACGGUCGGUGACCGAUCUCAUGAAAUGUCAACUGAGAUUUUGAAAGGCGUUCUCGAUUAGGAAGAAUUUCUUGAGUGGUGUGGCAGGAUUGAUUACCUGGCGGCCUGAUCUCGGGAUAUUUCAGAGACACCAGGAUGUUGGCUUUUGAUACACUCUUUUUUUAUUGCCCAAAAGCUGCAUUUGUAAAAAAACGACUACUUAAGUAGUAUACAUCUUUCUAUUUAUGUUUGAAGUUCUUGAAAAUAUAAAUAUAUUUUGUAGGAUGGAUGCUUAAAAAUAUUUUGCCUGUAUACAUUUUGCAGCAAAUCACGUGUCCUUCGAAUCUCAUACUAAAAAUGGCUAUCUUACGGUUCUAAUUAAGACCGUAAAAUGUCCAUUCAAAUAGCAGCGUAUCUGUCUGUUCAACAAUGCUUCUAAUUAAGUAUACAACAUAGCCCGAAUCUGCUCUGCUAUAUUACGAUCCCCGUGACACGUCUUCUUAGUGGCUUAUGGGAAUAUAUGUUUUUGUUUACACGGAUACUAUACAGUCUGUAGACCGCAACCCGGAUUUAACGAUGGAUCGAGCUCAAACUUCUUGUGGAAUUUAAAAAGUCUUUUAAAACCUAGAGAUACCCUUUCUUCUGGUAAUCUGCUGCUAAAUGAUUACAAGAAAUAAUACUUGUAUGCGUUUUUUUUAUAAACCAUCGAAAAUCAAUGGAAAAAGGUCCACCACUUAAGUGUUCAUUUUUUGUAGCGUGUGGUCUUUUCAGGCGACAGGAUGUGGCCAAUAAACCAGGAAUGGCAAUCCCAGUCUCUCUUUUUUCUUUUGGCAUUCCUUUCUACAUAGUUCAAUGUGCGCGCACCGCCCAAGCGACUGUCUUUGUCCCUGACUUUACCAGUCGACUAAAAAAGACGGGAAGCCAUGGUGCCAUUUUGUAUAAAUUAGUGUGGGAUUAUAGUCAUUACUGCCCCUUAUCUCGACCCCGCCCGCAUUUUGCCCACGUCAAAAGUGAAUUAAAACCCCCUCCGUGGGGCUGUUUCUGGGCUUCUGUUUCUGAUUUCAUUCCUUUUUGCACUAGUCCUACCGCCCAGGCACAGUGUCUUCGACGCUGGUUGAGCGUCGUCAGGGGUCUCGCGGGGACGCCCCGGCCACCUACGCAACAUCGAUGACCAAUCACUCCACUUCGCGCCAAACUUCGCGGGACAGACAAGAGCAUACGUACACACCGAAACCACGUGCUGCUUCUAAUAUACGUAAGACGAUAACCCAGUUGUGUCCCUCGACAAAGUAAUUGGUGUAUGUUUGCCUCCACUUUACGCCGCUGUGCAAGCUCCUUUCUUUGCUGUGCUCGCUUGUUUCAGGGAGUCCUUUUCCCUGAAAAAAUAUUUUGCAGAAAAAAAAUAUUAAAUACGUAUAGAAGGAUUUAGAAAUAGGUAAUGAGAUGGCUGACCCGCGAGCCAUAUGGAGUCCUAGGAGUAAUAGUAGCAACAGUACGUCAGUUCAGUUUAUUUGAGAGAAAUGUAGGUGUGCACCUUUGAACUCCCUAUUUGUUACUCUGUGGAAGUAUGUCAAGAGUUUGGAAAAGGGGCGACUUCAAAUAACUACGAAGGAAAUAUCAAAAACCGUACAGGUGGAGCAAGCACCUUGUGCGUUAGCAACAUUGAAAGGCAUAUGUACACACGUAGGCGCGUAAUUCAGUAGUUAUUUGUUGUGUACCCGUUCUAGAGAAAAGUUGGCAUGAUCUGGAGUCUGCAGGCGUCAUGGUGAAUGUCAAUAGGGAUGUGCGUAGAGGAUAUAUUGAUAAAAGGUGUCGUCGGCAAGAUUCCAUGCGGUGCUUGCAAUGCCGUAUAUUGUGGCCAGACGGUAAAAUCUGCCUUUAUACGCAUCCACGAGCACCAACUGGCAAUUAAGAGGCGAGAUCAUCUGUGCCAAGUAGCCAUGCAUACCCUAGAUACUGGGUACACCUUCGCCUCGGACGAAACUCGUAUCAUCGGCGUCGGCCCCAUCAAAAAGGCCGAGUUUCUCGAAGCUAUGCACUCUAAUGAGUCAAUCGGCAUAUUUGUCUGGAUGCUGUAUGCACAUAUUUCAAGGAAAAAUGGAAGGGACAAAGGCCAUUCGAUAUAAACUGACGCACAUCGCGAAAGCAACGACAACCUGGGAAACCAGCAAAGUCUAUUACUUCUCCCAACGGACUUAUUCCGUCGAAUUAUACCAACAAAUGUUACUUAAAGGUUUUAGCAGCAUGAUGAUGGCAGUAAAUUUUUCGCAUAAGGCAUCAAGAUGACAGCGGUCGGAUGGGAUUUUGGUGCGUACUUCAAUACUUAACCAGUUUUCAUUUAAAAGCUUCUACGGAUGCAGACAUAACAACAUCCUCGGCUAAAGUAUUUCAUGCUCCAACCACUUUGUUGGAGAAGACAAACUUUCGUGUGAGAAGUUUAGAACAAUAUUUCCUUAGUAUGAAUUUGAAACAGGCAUGCACAUCAAAAUUUAAUGGAACAAACAAAUUUCUCGACGGCUUACCAACUGCAACCUGUCGCUGCAAAACAGGUCAGUUGAGCACCUGCCUAAAUGGCUUCUAGCCAGGAAAAUAAAACUCUACGUCCUUCUAUUACGAAGCACUUCCUAGAUAGCUGUCACUCCGUUGACCCCAAAACAUCCUUCCGAGUAUUAUUUCGGGUACGAACAACCCGAACCUUGCGUUACUUGGAGGCAACCUACAUACGGCGUAAAAUAUCCGACCAACGCAAACAGUCGGACCACGUGGCCAACCUCAGCUUGCCCUAGCAAAUCUCAGCCCUCUGAUCCGCACACCACUCUGCGUGUUAACUUCCCCAUUUUCCAUCCUCAGUCGUGUUUUUAUGUCGCACUUUGUUGAUUAGUCUGCGCAUAGUAAACUAUGGCCUUGCUGUUUUACACUGAUCUUCUCUGUGGAAGUUCGAAUCUCUGUUUCUUUCUCACUCGUUAUCUCUGUUAUGCAGCAACAGGUAGCAGUUGAUAAGCCGUUGCGAAAUUUGUUGGUUCCAACAUAUUCUGCUGUAAGACGAGGUGGCGAGCAUAAGUAGCUUUCGAUAAAUUAUCUUCGGGCCAGUACAGUUAUUUGGGAGCGGGGUAGAAGUAAAACAUGUCAGCGGUAAGAGAAAUCGAUAAAAGUUCGUCUUGAAACAUAGUCCGGGUGUGGGAAUGUGGGGGAGGAGGGGGGAGGGUAAAAGCGGUCAGUGUCAGAGGCGGGGUGAGAGCGGAAGGGUGCGGAGAGUUGCAGCGUUAUUCGGCCUUCGACCACUGUAGGCGCGGAGCCUGAACGCGGUUCUUCCGUGCGUACAAGAUUGGGUUUCGCAACCUAACGGCGGCCGCUUCCGCUGUCGCUAACAGGCGCUGGCCUAGUAGCUUAGGUUAGCUCUAUGGGACCUUAUUCUGCUGUGUAUGCCUGUUUCAAAUUCAUGCCGGGUGUCCAGUCUGACACCAGUCACACUCAGUUCAAGUGGAUGACUUCGCAGGUUAGUCGUAGUUGCUAACUCGAAGAAGUCUUCAGGUACGAGACAGCAGUCCUGUCCGCGCAUGGCACGGAAAGUCUGCAUGAGGUCGCCCCGUAGAUGCCUGUAACUCAAACUAAAAGUGGACGAUGGGCCUACCACUUCGAAUUUAAUUUGGUUAGACGGUGGGACAUCGCCGUAUUUUGCUUGAUCUCAGCCUGUUGGAUGGGACAAACAUAUCCAUAAACCUGAUCAAUUAACGCCCGUCCUACGUUGAUGCAUGUUCCCGAGUACAAUUGAGAAGAGAAGGAGCUCGUGGCUCAAAGGCGAAACGCUGUACUUAUAAAUGCCCAAUAGCCAAAAACCCUGGUUCGAAUCCUAAGUUAACCAGGUCUGCGGUCAGGCGUGACUGGCUAGCGACAACCAAUAAACGUGAAGUGGCCAACUUAGCCUAUCAUGCCCUCGUUGUAAUCCCCUCCUGCUAACCAUUAUUGUCAGCAGCCCCAGCUUAAGCCCUACAUGGUUGAUUUAAGGCAUUUACAACAAGUAAAUUAAUACCUCAUGUUUAUAUGUGAUUCUAACUGUUUAGGAAGUAAAAUGCUCAGAACCAAGCUUACAAAUAGAAUACUUUACGACCGUCCUUAAAAGGUGAUUCCCUCCGCAGGUUUAUUUUUUUCAACGCCAUUUUAUGAGGUAGGACUUCAUCUCUUCGUCUCUUAUUUGUAGUGGAAACGCCCUUGGGUACAACUUUAUUGACUGUCGACGACUUGGUUUCUGGUGCGGAGAGUUCACUCCUCGAAGGUGAGUUUUUUUUGUUUCGGGUGCACACGACUACUUGUUUUUUUUAUUUCCAUCCUGUCCCUGCCGCAGUUGCACCGUAUAAAAGCUCCUACAGUGAAUGACCGAUUACAGGAAAUGUUGGCUGAAAUUCGGAAAUGCGUUUUCCAUUAGGAAGGAUUACUUGGUCGCGGAUGUAAUACUGAUAAUCUUGCGGCAUAAUCUUGUGACAUUUCGGACUCGGCAGGAUGUCAGCUUUUGAAUACACUGCCUUUCCAUCUCCUGUAGAAACCGUAAUCGAUAAAAAUGGUUACUUAAGUAGUAUACAUUUUUCCCACUGAUUUUCGAUGGUCUUGCAAAUUCAAAUAUAUCUUAUAAAAACCAUUAACAAAAUUAUGCUUUCUUUCAGUCAAUUAAUAGAGAAUCACGUCUUCUUUAUAGUUGAUAUUCAAGGAAGGAGUAUAGUUAGGUUUUAAAAAAGUUUUCUAAUUGCCGAAUAAUUUGAAGCCUGGUCAUUCGUUGCAUUAGCGCUUAGAGAUUUCUGCCCGCAAGGUGCAUGCGUUCUGCGUAAAGAAAAUCACAUAUUUUUUUAUAUUAUUAAAAAGAUAUCAUACAGAGUUCAUAAAAUGUUGCAAUGGAUGCGGACUAUGUUGUACAUUUCAUGAGGAGCUGUGGUAUACGGUCAGUUACGAUGCUAUGUGAAUGGACAUCGCGCGGUCUUAAAAACUCUCAUAAUUAGAAACUUUUUUUAAAACCUAAUUGUACUCCCUCCUUGAGUAUGAGCUAUAAAAAAGACGUGAUUCGUUAUUAAUUGACUGAAAGAAAGCAUGAUUUUGUUUAUGGCUUCUAUAAGAUAUAUUUGAAUUUUCAAGACCAUCGAAAAUCAACGGGGAAAAAUGCAUGCUGCUUAAGUAACCAUUUUUUGUCGAUUACGGUUUCUACAGGAGAUGGAAAGGCAGUGUAUUCAAAAGCUAACAUCCUGCCGAGUCCGAAAUGUUAUAAGAUUAUGCCGCAAGAUGGUCAGUAUUACAACCGCGACCAAGUAAUUCUUCCUAAUGGAAAACGCAUUUCCGAAUUUCAGCCAACAUUUCCUGUAAUCGGUCAUUCACUGUAUCUGAGUUAUACUCCACUGUCAGCGUCCCUUACGCGAAUCUCCCAUUUCCGAACGAUGCCGCCUUCUGUUUACAUCCCUAACUCUCGUCAACAAUGGCCGUCAUAAUAUUGCUUCCCAAUCGCGGUCGCCAUGGUUAUGGCAGGGGAAAGAUACAUGUGUAGAUUACCCCCGUCGUAAACUCAGUCGCACAACGCCUAUCUUCGUCAGAAACUAGAACUUUUUCUGAGGGCGCGUGUGGCAACUGGGGACAUCACUUUGGCGGCAAGUGUUUGUCAAGAAAGAGAAUCGGACUGAAGACCCCCUUAUAUUUUGGAUCUGCCUUUUUGCUAUCCCAGUCAUGCCUGUAAGUCCUGAGAACCGAUCGAUAUGCUGUUCUUUCUGACUAGUAAAGCGGCUGUUUCGCUGUCUGGGUAACAUUCUACCGGGAAGGUAGGAUAGUUUUAUUAUAUUCAGUGACUUUACAGGUCUUGGGAGGCUGUAGACUGACUCGGUAUCUGCAAGACCGAGUCCCAGGCUGCAACGGCCCCUAUUCUAUUGUGACCUUUACGGCAUCCUGACAUAUGUGACGACCGAGCCUACCUUGCCGCAGCCUGACACUCGGAAUUGAGGACUGGCUGUGUGAGGCACGCGUAGAUGUGCGCUCGCCGAUCGUUCUUACGGAACUCACACGUUCCGUUGUGCCUUACAGGCUUUCUCUCGAGUCCAACCAGCAGCCGCACAGCGGCGCAUGGUAUUACCGAUAAAGACUAGGGAUACUGGAAUGGCCAUUUCUUGCUUAUUAGCCGUCGUGAGCCAGUCAUACCCAACCCCGAAGCGUGGAACACCCGAAGCUCGAUCUCGCGACCUGUUAGUUAGAAGUCCACGCCAUACCAUACUGCCUAUAUCAUGCGCCGUUGUGCGGCUGCUGGUUGGGCUCGAGAGAGAGUCUGUAAGGCACGACGGAACGAGAGUAUUCCGUAAGAACGAUCGGUGAGCGCCCCCUACCAUUGUAUAUUCUCGAUCAAAAACCCACAGGGCAACGGGCUCGUGGCCCAGUGGUUAGAGGUAUGGACUUCUAAAGCAACAGGUCGAGAGUUCGAGCCUCGGGUAUUCCACACUUCGAGGUUGGGUAUGACUUGCUGACGACGGCUAAUAAGCCAAAAAUGGCCAUUCCAGUCUCACUUGUCUUUGUCAGUAAUAACAAACUGAUGCUCGAACCUACCUUGUUGCAGCCUGACACUCGGAAUUGAGGACUGGCUCGUGUGUGGCGCGCGUAGAUGUGCCACCUAGCUCAGCAGGCCACUGCGUCCUCGCCCACCGUGCGUCACACUGACCUUAUUAUUGGAACAAUGUGGGUAGGGAAAGAGAGCUUGCGGUCGACGAUGUGAUAAACUACUCAACUGUAAUUUCGGUCGUCGCGAACGAUGAUAUCCACAGCGGGAAUUAGUUCAUAGCGAUAGCAGACUUAUGCAACGUUUUCCACGCGUGAACUUAGUGACAAGACUGAGUUAGGACGACUAGAGGUGGGCUGGGGCACAGGGACUGGCAAGGUUAAACAACCCCUCUACGCGGGCCACCCACGGGUCGUGUCCACAAAUACGCACAGAGUUUCUCGCAAAACAAAAGGGGCGGCUGGUAUCGCAGUCGAAUGGAAGUGCCAUAGAGGACACAUUAAAAAGGGACCAUUGCAAUCUGACUCUCCAUCCCGAGAGUGUCGAGUUGCCCAGUCAGUUUAUAUCCUUCCAAGUGUCGACCUCACGCUCUCUCUCUCUCUCUUCCCUCCCCCUUACAUCAGUCCGUUCUCAGAGCCGGUCAGCCAUGUGAUGUGGAAAUCGCGUGCGAAUGGCUGAUGCGGUGUGAAGCUUGCGCCUCGACAUGUCAGCACUCUUCCUCCUCCUCCCCUCCUUUCCCUUUUUGGGGAAAAAUUAGACCCCUUACUUCAAAACGGCCGAGAUGUUUAAGGUCUUGUCCUCGGAUAAGAUCGAUGCUAGGAUCCCAGAUAGGACAAGUAAAACUCUCCUGUAGAGAAAAGUCCAGGACGUACUGAGGAUCCGCACCAACUCCACAAGAGUUUUCUUUGCCUGCCUGGUUGUAAUGCCUUCCGGUCCGUUUAACGGCAUGAUUGAGCCCCUGUACAUAAGAUACGCCUUUAUUUCUUUGGAUGUUUAUGUUUUUGAGAGUUAUAGUAUCAACAAUGAUAAAAGUGAACUUUGAUUACCUGAAUAGUCGUCCAAAUUGUUUGUUUGAUCAAGUACUGUUUACAAGGACUUAUAAACCUCUAGACAAUGAAACAAACAGUACCCAAUAGUCAUGAGUGCGGUGUGCCCUGAAAUUUUAUGAGUACUCCAAUUUUGCGCAAGUUGUGUCUGGGAACUUGCAGCUUCCCUACUAGAUAGUGUAUUUCUAAAUUCAAAGCGGUCAAUUUAAAAAACGUUCGUGUCACUAUCAGUAACAUGAAAUGCGCCUUACAACUACUUCGGUGGUUAUUAUAUGGCUUACCUUCACGCAUUUCAAAGAGCGAAUUCCGACGCAAUUUUUAUCGUUUUACUUUGAUUGACGUUAAUAUUCAAUGGAUUGUCUUGGUGCAAUGGUAGUUCCUUAAUCAGAUCAUACGCGUCCGAGGUUAAAGGCAACGCUAUAACGCAGUCUGAUUGACUCGAAUAUUUUUUGUGGCUCUGUAAUAAUAGGCAUUAAGAUAAACAAAGCACAACAGAGUUAACAAGGAUAGAUAUAAAAAAUGAAAGGUGGACAUAUAUUCGAUAGUAUUAGAACAGCAAUCUCGCGAAUGACACCAAUACAUAGCGGUCUGUUUAAAUGCGAAUGAGUCGAGAACAACAAACACGGGGAGUCGACCAGUGGGAAUGCAAGUAGCCAAACUCUUACUCGAGUAAGGCCUGGUUACUAAUAUUCACUUAGUAGGAAGGUACAACUGGAAUAAAACACUGACGUGCGGAAUGUCGCAGUUCCUGAUCACCUAUGCAGAACAGCUGCAGGAGACAAUUUGGUCAGCAGUCUGUGUACACGCGGAUCUCCGAAAACAUUAUCCCGGAUUUGCAGGGAUCUAUUAACAAAGUCGAUGACUUAAUGUGACAAGCGAUUGAAGUUAGUGUGUAACACAAUGCCAAAUUAAUUCUCACAUGAUAACCUGCUGGAGUGGUGCUAGGAAGCCAGCUUCGAUCAACUUGAGAAUUACUUCACUUUCUUCUGCAGAGGCUUCUGUACCCUCAACCAGCUCUUACAGAAACUCUUCGCAAAGGCUUUUGUUUUUCCCAUCAUUUUGCUGAAAAAAAUGGACCGCCUUGAAAGUUGCUGGUUGAAAUGUCAGAAUUUUCCCAGCAUCAGAAAGUGAUCCGGUGAUUCCGUUAAGAUUACAACCAGCACCUGGGUUUCACUUUGUCUAAGCUGUUCUCUAAAAAAAACUUUACUCUUGCUUUCCACACGAAGAAGAGGCCUUAUAUCCAGAUGCGUUUAGAGUAGAUCGAAGUGUACACUGUCCACGCCUUUAUGAGGAUGUUUCAAUGAUUCCUAUAAUUACCGGUUUUCUAAAGCGGGAAUGUUCCUUUUAUCAGUACUUCCUUUGAAGGACUUUUGAUAUGACAGAACUUUCCGCUCGCGCAAAAUUCCAGGAGGGGUGAACAUUCCGUGUUGUGGUCGUAACGCUAACCGAAUCCCUAACCCUGCCUUAAUCUUAACCCUUGGCUUAACUCCAACGUUGGCCCUCAACUUAAACUUAAAUCUAAUCCUUACCCUGUUGCUAACACCACUCUCCCCCCCCGAAUGGGGGUGGGCUUCCUUCUCCCGUGUCUUGCCGAAGUUCCAACUUCCUGCAGACAAAAGGCUUGAAACUAACUCUUUCCAAUCCUCGGUAAAAAGCCUGUCUGCUACUCAUAACUGGCACAAGCUAUUAAAACUAUUUUCGCCCAAAAGCCAGACUCGCUACAUGUCAGUCAGUAAGGCAACCUUGUUUUGGUAAUUUUCCCCUGCUUAUGGAAUUUUUCGACGCUUCCCCAACUGUUUGAGGAAUUUCGUUGAUUUCCGUUCCUGUGCAAAUAAGGACUAGGGGGACCGCGCCUAGGUGUGUGUUCGGAAUCGCAGUCAUUAACGCCUAGUUCACCAAGCAGGCACUACUGAACCCCCUGGCUUGCAGUCGUAAACCUGGGAGGUUCAAAUAAUCGUCUCUGACAUAUUUGCCCUCGUUAAUCGGCAGUCUUCUCAGCCCGCUGCAUGGAAGACCUAUGACUUAAACUGAAAUGUAUAUUUAGUCAAUUAUUAAACAUGAAGCUCUACCAGCUGAGGCGCGGGCCCACCUUCUGUUGGAUGGGACUGUAAAUGUUCAAGUUCAUAUAUAAGUGUUGGAUUGUAAGGCAAAAUGAACCUCUUGUACUCUAGUCUUCAGGCAGCCCAAGGAGGUGAAUGCCACAUCCACGACAUGAUAGGUGCUUGAUGCGGAUUACGGGAUUUACUAUAAACAUACUACUAACAUGAUUUCAACAGGUCCUUUUUGUGCAUUAAACUCGACCCAUAUGAAAUUUGCACAGUGCGAAUGCAGUGAACAACUUUUUCGCAUUUAUGUUCCACUAUUAGAUUUAUGCAUUCUGCACAUUAAAACUGCAUGUUAAUUUUUCUGCUACUUAACUAUUUUUCCUUACACCUGUACUGUCUAAGUGGAGUUUUCAGGACUUCUGUCGUUUACUCCAAAUAUACUGACCGAUGCAACGACAACACACUACAAUACCUCCUUCUUUGUAACUAUAUAUUGCCGGUAUAUUCGGACCUUUCUAUUCAAUAACCUCACAGCAUAUCGGAGGGUAGUUAUCACCGCGGAACAGCAGUUGACAUCUUGUUGCUUCAAACAAACUGACUGCCGCAUCUAACAGAAUUGCCCUGUGUAGCCGACAGUCCUUACAUACGUCUCCGUAUUCCUAGUCUUUUUUCGACAUUAUAUCAAAGUCUUCAGCUUAUUAAUCUUCGUCGUUGACCUGGUGUUCUUUGAACGACCAUUAGGUCUGUAGGCUUGUUGUAAGUAAAGAUAAUUUCAGCGUUUUCGCUUAUUAGGCGUUUUGUCAGAUUUUGAGUAAUGUAUGUUGACCUAACUGUGAAAACCUCAGCGACCUCGGUGGGAUUUAGACCCACGACAGCAAGGGCAAGGCUUGAGUGCAGCCAACACUAGUCACCUGAGUUCCGUGGUCCCAUCGGGAACCGUGAGUUUAAUCACAUCUGGGUCAAGUCGCCCGCCCAGCCAUGAUAGAGCGGGCUGCCUGUCCAAACAGGACUUCAUAAGUAACAAAUCUAGAAUCCACCAGAAGACUACAAGACUCCCUUAAUUUUAUAGAUGCCUUGGGAGAGUGUGAAAAAUUUAUUUUUGCUUAGUCAUUUGAUGUUAAGUUUCCGGUGUGCCUGCAAGAGCAACUACAGUUAGUGAACUAACUCAUCAAAUGCGUCGAAAUUUACGAAUGAUUGCCAAUCACUCGCAAACCGACACCAUUUCAUGAGUCCAAUGUCUAUGUUAGUUAAUUACAAGUUUAAAAGAAUUAAAAACAUAAAAGGAAUAUUAAAGGCAGUGUUGCGUUGUUUAGAAAUACCGAUUUCUUUAGAAAAUCGCAAUAUCCCGAAAACGUCAGAAAUGGUUCUAAUUUAGUUACCUCUUUAGAAAGUGCUUUAUUACUGCACUCCGUUGACGGGUCUCUGUGUACUUUGCCUUUUUGCACGAUGAGGCCAAAUAAAAAUAUGACACGUUUGGCCGUUUCUUUCGUGUCCCUAAGAAAUACUAAUAUUUUUCUACCGUAAUCGAUUCCCAAUCCUGUCAGAGAAUGCAUCUCAGCCGUCCCCGUCGUUGAGUCACGACUCGCCGGCUCUAUUGAGCAUAGGAGACUUGGCCAAUCUCACGUCUGAAGACGAACAGGAGCAGGAACAAAAGCCCGAAAAUGCGGGAGUUAGUCAAGAGAUCGUGAGCUAUCAUGAGGAAUCCGACGCCUACAGUGAAGACUUCGAGUCAGAAGACGAAACGGAGGUAGUGGACAAACGGGAAUCGCCAAGACUGCCCACCAGCACAUCUUCGGAUGCGACGCAGAGUGAUAAACACAGCAGCCGGAAUGGCAAACAAAAAACUGAGGGUAGGCAGAAAUCUUGAAGAGAGGCACCUUUACAACCCCACUGCCUCGUACUUGUGGUCAUAUUUCCAUUUAUAUAAGUGUUCUACUUAAUAUGAAACAGUAGCACCUUCUGUUUUGAACUUAAAUUGUGCUAUUUAUCAUGUGACAAACUGCUGAUGAUCAGAUCGUGGAGAAUCGCGAGGGGCGUGAUGUCUGUCAUAUCAAGAGGGGGGGGGGGGGUCGUCCUCAGCCAGUCAUACGCAAACUCAUUCCCGGGGGCCUCGAUGCUUGGCCCCAGACCUGCUGGCCGCUGAAUCACGGGGUCACACUCCGUCCACUACGAUCAAGAGCACUCAUAAUCACUGCUGUUGACCACUCGUCGCUAAAUAAACGUCUUUUGUGCCUGAGGGCAAAGCAGAGAUUUGGGAUUACUACUCCCUCGUGUCUAUUGUAGUUAUUGGAGAAUGUUACGGACAGUGACAGAGACAGUGGGAUUGCCUUUUCUGGCAUACCAGUCGUCAUCUGCCAAUCAGUGCUAUUUCAAUUGCAGGUGCUGGCCCACCCCAAGUCUGCACCCCAGACGUUUAAUGGCCAACUCAGGCUCACACGACUGCAAUAAAGGGCUCAUGCCACGUCGGCUGAGAUCAGCUCCAGAGAAGAGUAUAAAUGUCCCGCGAAGUACAAUGCGACGACAUCGCAAGGCUCCCAAAUUCAAAACUUGGGGAAGACAGAGUUGCUGAUAGAAGCGAACAGGCGAGUCCCAGGUAGCAGUUCAGAAGAUGAAGAUGCGAUCACUGGAACAAGAAGUUUAUUUGCCUGACGUUUCGGAUUCUCACUGCAGGGGAUGACAACCGCGUGAGCCGCGAACUGCUCAAGUCAUGGUUCUCAGGCCCGCAAUCCAUCAACAAGCACAAUGACCUCCCGGAACCAUAUUCCGUGCUGAGAUUUUCCCUAGGCAGGAGAAUCAGUCACGUGGGGAGGCCGCGGGCGAGCAAUGUUCACAGUGGCAGUUAGCCAAUUUGCCGAGCAAUCGUCACAUCAGCAUCCAGCACGGAUGACGAAAUAACGGCUAUUAACGACUCGGACUCGGACCGCCAAGCCACCGCCGCAUCAAUUACGACCCCAGCGGCGAUUGCGAGAACUGUUAAUUGCAGUGCGCAUACGGUCCCACGCCAGCCACGUGCUAUAAAUACUGCACUCCUGGUGCCACCUUCACCUCUAUCUGCGAAUGUCUCUGAUGAUGGAUUCGAGUGAGAAUCCGAAACGUCAGGCAAAUAAACUUCUUGUUCCAGUGAUCGCAUCUUCAUCUUCUGAAGACAGAGUUAUUGGACAAGCUUUACUGAGGUUAGGAAGUGUACACACGACACAGCACGCAGUGACAUCAAGUGUGCCACCAGCCGAGCCCAGCCGCUUUAUAUUGCUAACUCCUGUACGAAGCACGUGCAUGCACCUCGGCUUUGUCUCCCUGCAGCCAAUCAAAGAAGAGUGAAUCGUCGACUGGUGUCGAGCUCUCGCCAUGCUGGGGCUGAGUUACGCGUGGUUCGAGCAACGAAUCGGCAUGGGAAGUUCAAUAAAUCGAAAGCAGCAUGAGUGAGCGGCCUCAUUGACGAUUGCUUGGGCUGACUGCCACAGUAUUCCCCGGGUUAAACCGAGUGCGACGCUUAAGGAAUCGUUCCAGUCUAAGAAAAUCAGUACUCCAACGGUCGGGAGACUGAACAUGACGUCACAGAGUGUUAUAUGGUCGUAAGGUGGAGGAACAGGGGUAGGGGAUUACAGGGCUCGUUCCCAUGAGUGCUCAGGACAGCAGGUUUGAGGCGGUCCACGCUCACGACCACCAGCGAGUUCGGCGUUGGAUCCAGAGCUUCCUUGUUCCUCGAGAAACAACGUGGAAGGGACCUUCCUAGGGCGCUUCCAUUGGCCGGCGAACUCGAUCACGUCAAAGGAAAGCGUGGCAGCAUGUUUCCAAUUCCUUCUCGAGACAAGACUUGGAGACCGUUUACUUUGGGCGGAGCCUUAAGGACUGUCCGCGUGGAUUGGCCCAGGCAGUACUGGAGGUUGGUCAGGUCAAAAGCGACGUGAGUGAGCGGCUGCACUGGCGAUCGCGAGUGGAUUGUCGCGCUCAGUUCUGCAACAAUAAUUACCGUUGCACGCCAUUCCCGCGUCGCAGUUAUCAAACGCGCGCAAAAUUCAUGCAAAUAAAAAAAAACUUCUGCAAAAAAAUCAUUCCAGUAGUAGGCAUUAACCAGGGCGCCAUUUUUUUCUUAUUUUUAGACAUGUCUUACCACUCGCAUUCCUCUGCCUCCUCGCGGAGACACAAAAGUCGCACGCCCAGUUCAUCCUCCACGGAGCACUCCUAUCGCAAAUGGAGGAAGAACAGGCAGUCAAAACAGGCGGAACGUUCAUCAAAACGGUGA